GGAGGCCGCGCUGAAGAGCGCGCCUGAGGCUGCCCCGCCCCCAGCUCUCACCGCGUGAGCCGGGAACCCGUCACCCCGGCUGCUUGGGUCGCGGUGGUAGGUCGUCGUCAUGGCCUCUUCGUGGGAUGAGCUGACCAUUUCCUUUUCUCGCAUGUCUAUGUUCCCCUUUUUUGACAUCGCCCACUACCUGGUAUCCGUGAUGGCGCUGAAGCGUCAGCCGGGAGCAGUGGCAGUGGCAUGGAAGAAUCCUAUUUCAAGUUGGUUUACUGCUAUGCUCCACUGUUUUGGUGGAGGAAUUUUAUCCUGUUUACUGCUUGCAGAGCCUCCAUUGAGGUUUCUUACAAACACCACUAAUAUAUUACUGGCAUCUUCAAUCUGGUAUAUUGUUUUUUUUUGCCCAUGUGACCUAGUUUCCCAGGGCUAUUCUUUCCUACCUGUUCAACUCUUGGCUGCAGGAAUGAAGGAAGUGACCAGAACUUGGAAAAUAGUAGGUGGAGUCACACAUGCUAAUAGCCAUUACAAAAAUGGCUGGAUAAUCAUGAUAGCUAUUGGAUGGGCCCGAGGUGCAGGUGGUAGCAUUAUCACAAAUUUUGAGCUAUUGGUAAAAGGAGAUUGGAAACCACAAGCUGAUGAAUGGAUGAAGAUGUCCUACCCUGCCAAGGUAACCCUGCUGGGGUCAAUUAUCUUCACAUUCCAGCACACCGAGCACCUGCAAAUAUCAAGGCAUGAUCUUGUGUUCCUCUACACUAUGUUUCUUGUGGUCACAAAGAUAAUCAUGAUGACUACAGAGACUACUAUUGUGCCUUUUGCUCCUUUUGAGGCUACAGUAAGUCGAAUAUUGUUUGGCUGGCAGCAGCAGUUCUUACCAUGUGAAAAGAAAAGUGAAAUAAGCACAUCGACCACAAAGUCUACAGCUGCUAUUUCAGAUAAAGUUAAAAAGAAGGGCACUAAGAAGACUGAGUAAAUUUACUUGAUGAGCUUUAGAAGGCAAAAAAAUUUCUUAUCUAUCAGAUUGUGAUAAAUAUUUCUAUUGUAAAUGAUGUGAAAUAAAGAUUAUACAUAAGGAAUGGAGGUGACAAAAAGAAAGAACUUCUUUCUAUUUCAGGGAGACGAUCCCUUUCUGGAUUGUAAUUCUCCAGUGUUAUGAGUGUAUCAUGUGAAAUUGUUCUUCUAAAUUAUAUAAAAAUAUUGUGGUUAUUUUAUAGUUUUAUAUUGAUAAAAGCAGGCUAGAUUUUUCAGUGUUAGAGAAAGUGAACCUAUUAUCAUUGCAAAAUUACAACAAUUAAAUCCUUUUUGUUUUCUUUAGAUAUUUUAAAAUCCAUUUGAGCUUUAGUUUAGCAAAAUUAAACUUCUAUUUCACAUUACCAUUAUAAUUUCUAGAUAUGGAAAACAAUUCCUGUUUUAUUUUGAACACUGGGAAAAGUAAACUUUACCUAAAUCACUUUAUAUUGCAAAGAAAGUAAAUUACUAGUUUAUAUCUCAGAUAUAAACAUUGUAUAUUUCGCCCACCUUAAAUGGAAAUAUCUGAAAUUUUAUUAGUUUUUUUCUAGUAGUUUUUUUCAGUGAGAACAGAGUAUUAGCAUGAGUUUCGAAGUCUAUUUCAUGCCCUGUUUAUACCGUUGCUUUCUUCUCAAAAGAAAAUCAGGGGUAUGAUUUUUAAUAAAUUAUUAAUCCUAUAUUUUGCUUUGUAAGUUUCAGUUGAGAAGCUAAUAUUUUUUUUCUCUCCUUAAAACUCAUUUGUUUUUUUACUAUAGGAGAAAUUAUUCUCAGCAUUUCACAUAUUCUUUCUGAUCUGAGUUAGUUUGAAUACACUGAUGGUAAUAUCUUAAUGAUUCAACAAAAAGUAUUAUUUUAAU